CACUCACAAAAGCGUGCUUUUUCUUCAUUCCUUGAUCCCUAUUGCUUGCUUCCAAAAUUGGAAGAGACUAGUAUGAUAAGCUCAGAUAACAAUGUGAUAUUGAAAAUAAGUAAAUGAGAAAAAAGGGCGAUAUUUUGAUAAGUAGUGAAGCACUUUGUUGAUACCAAGAAAUGACGGCGACAGUAAGCGACAUGAUUGAGAUACCUGAUGUUUCUGAGGCAUCAAUCGCGAAUAACCUCAAGAUUAGACUCAAACAAGAAGAGAUUUAUACUAACAUCGGGCGCGUUUUGAUAUCUGUGAACCCCUUCAAGAAGAUUAACAUAUACGGGAUGGAUGCAGUAGAGCUGUAUUCUGGAAAGAAGCACAGUCCCGGUACUACGCCUUCAUCGGACGACAUCAGGGUACCCUCCAGACGGGACCGCGCCUCAAGAUGUUCCACCGCCCGUAUCGCUGGACUUGGCGCCUUAGAAGAACAAGAAGGAAAAUUUAGAAACUUUAAGGGCGCGAAACCGCCUCACCUGUAUGAGGUCGCUAAUAACAUGUUUGAGAAUAUGCUGAUAGAAGGAGAUAGCCAGUGCGUCAUUAUCAGUGGAGAGAGCGGGGCGGGGAAGACAGUUUCUGCCAAACACGUCAUGGGUUUCCUGUCUAAAGUCUGUGGGGAAGGUUCCACCGAGGUCGAGCGCGUCAAAGACAUCAUUAUGCAGUCGAAUCCUUUGUUGGAGGCCUUUGGGAAUGCCAAGACGGUCAUGAACAACAACUCCAGCAGAUUUGGUAAGUUUAUGGAGAUACAAUACAGCCGAAGCGGUCAGCCCAACGGAGGGAAAAUCUCAACUUUUCUUCUUGAAAAGUCUCGUGUAGUAUCACAAGGACAAGGCGAGAGAAAUUAUCACAUUUUCUACCAGCUACUUUCGGGCUGUACCCCUGAUGAAAUGAGCGAGCUGGAACUUAAUCUGGGUCCCGCGGAAAGCUACAAGUACCUGAAUCAGACUGGAGUCUAUACUAUCGAGGGAACAGAUGAUGUCAGCGACUAUGCCGCAACCAUUAAUGCGAUGGAGGUUAUAGGCAUCGCAAGUUCGACUCGCAAUACCGUACUGAAGCUCGUGGCUACUGUUUUACACUUGGGAAAUAUUCAGUUUACCGAGGAGGACAACCAAGCGGUGCCAGUGGAUGUCUCAAUGCUUGAUGCUCCUUCAAGGUUACUCAGUGUCGAUAAAGAUAUCCUACUGGAUAAAUUAACAAGCUACAGUAUGGAGACGCGCUGGGGCGGGAAGGUGGAAGUCACAAAGAAAACUCUCAACAAAGACCAGGCAGUUAUUGCACGUGACGCCCUAGCCAAGGCGAUAUUUUUCCAACUAUUUGAGUAUUUAGUGGAGGCGGUGAACUCCACGAUGGCGACUCGUGAUCAGGACUUCUACAUUGGUGUGCUGGACAUAUAUGGCUUCGAAUCAUUCAAGGUCAAUGGUUUCGAGCAGUUUUCAAUCAACUACGUGAACGAGAAGCUGCAAAAUCUCUUCAUUGACUUUACACUCAAAAUGGAGCAGGAAGAAUAUGCCGAGGAAGGAAUCUCUUGGUCGGAUAUUGACUACUUCAACAAUGACGUUGUUCUACAACUUAUCGAGAGCAGACGCCCUCCAGGAAUCAUGGGAGUUCUGGAUGAUGUGUGUAGCACCUUGCACGCCGUGUCCGAGGGCUCAGCUAAUACCCUGAUGGACAAACUUCGCGGAGUGAUAGGGUCAAAUUCAUCAUUCGCCAAAUACUUCCAAGCACAGGCAAGACACUUUGCCAUCACACACUACGCAGGCAAGGUCUCAUACGAAUCGGAAGGAUUCUGCGAGAAAAACAAGGAUACACUCUCCAAUGAUUUAGUCUGUCUGAUGCAAUCCAGUACAGAGCCCUUCGUGCGAGACAUGUUCCCUGAUUCGCUCUACGGCGCGAGUGGUGGUGUCGGUGGCAGAAAAGCCAAGUCCAACACAGGGAGCUCCAAGAUCAGAACACAAGCGCAUGCAUUGGUUAGUAAAAUCAGGAUGUGCACACCGCAUUAUGUGCGCUGUGUGAAGCCCACGGAAUCCAAGAUACCACUGGACUGGGAUGACAAGAAAGUGUUGCACCAAGUGAGAUACCUGGGACUCGCAGAGAACAUCAAGGUUCGACGCGCAGGGUUCGCCUUUCGAAGAGAAUUCCCGCGGAUUGUUGAGAGGUAUAGUUUACUCGAUCCAAUAACCGUGCGCAAACACCAGAGCGACCCUGUAGCGGCAUGUAAAGCGAUUCUGCUGGCAGGAAAGCUGGACAUGACUAAAUACCAGGUCGGCAAAACCAAGCUCUUCCUCAAGGAACCACAGAUGAUUAAUCAGCUAGAAGAGGCUCGAAAUGCGAUAAUCACAAAAUACGCGCUGACUAUCCAGACCGUAUACCGCGGCUACCGGGCACGGAAAAUCUACAAAAGGCUAAAAAAAGAGCGGAGAGCGCGACUGAUAAUUCAACGAAGCUAUCGACGUUUGAAAAGAAGAAGAGAGCGCCGAAAGCAGAAAAUUAUGCAUAGCAAGCUAAAUGGUUGCACCGCACUGAAGGACACGCCCAAGUACCUCCCCUCAUUGGAAAACUUGACCUUUGACAAUGGCGAUCGACUACACGUGUUUGAAAAUAGAACACUAAACAAUACCUUAGGAAAUACUCUUGUAGGCUUUGCUGUGAAAGUGAAAAAAUAUUCUAAACAGUUCGAGGAGCAAGACAGAUUUCUAAUUCUAUCAACGAAGUACCUUUACCUAGUUGCCAAGGAAAAGAGUAAGGAUGUGCCUCCGUACAAGGUGAAAAGAAGAUUAGCGAUGAAGGAAAUCAAAGCAGUUUCCGUAAGUCCCUAUGAUGACCACUUCAUAUUGCUUCACGCAGACAAUUACGAUAAUAUGCUUGAAACGACCUACCUGUAUGAGCUUCUGACCCGUCUGGUUGUGCUCUUCCAUAUGGAGACUGGAAAACAACUCAAUAUAGCUGUUACUAAUCAAGUGGAAUCUACCCUAAAGGGAGGCAAGAAAUGGAGCAUUCAGUUUUCUGAGACAGGUCCCGAGAAGCUUCAAGUGUUCGCUGCCACCAAUAGCGUCACUAUUAGCGCCGGUGCCGAACCGGAACCGGAACCUGAGCCAGAACCGGAACCCGAAAUAGAGCCAGAAUUAGAACCUGAGCUUGAGACAAUACCGGAAGUGAGUGAACAGGAAACAGACUCCACCCAGAAUCUAAACUUCCCAAAGAAAGCAGAACUAAAAGUCGACGAUAGCAAACUGUUCCAAGAGCUUUUCAAGGGUAUGUUCAACUUCGUCGGUGGCGAGAUGGCAUCAAUGGGCGUCUCUCUCAAGAUACCGAAAGAUGCCAUUAAAAAGGACGCGCAGGAGAUAUCGCUACAAGUAUGCGGCAGCCCUGAGAAAGUGACCAUCCUUGAUUCCAACGAGACAUCUAUUAGCCAUCUCAUCGCUAUAACAUCCGACACCAAACGCUUCCAUCAGCUGGUGUGUAUCACUGUCACCCUGGCCAAAACGCCGAACGAGCACGCGCAUAAAUACGUGCGUUGGUCUAGCACCCUCCCAGGGGAGAGUCACUCAUGGACAGACUUCAUGCCAACGCUGGACCUCGACCCUGGACCUGGUACUGUGGUAUUUGAAGAAAAUCAAGCGAGGUUCAAAGUAGAUUCUUGUGGCAUGUUCUGUGUGCUGAUGAGAUCACCCAGUGCAGCAGAAGUUAACUCAGACGAGUUUGUCAGUGCGGUGGAAUACACAGAUAGUGACAGUGACACAGACGAAAAGCGGAAGCGGAGGAAAAAGAAGGGAAUAAUUGGUAAACUCAAGUCGACCUUUGGAAACGUCUUUAAGAAAAAAAAGAAGCACGCGAAGAGAAAACGAAGUGAUGAGGAAUUUGACAGCUAUGAGUCAGGGAACUACACGGACGAGACAGGCUCUUCUUGUGACUCGGAGGAGUACACAGACACCGAUAACGAUGAGCCAGCUCACAAAAAUGAUGGCUCUUUCCCUCGGAGGAAUGAAUCUCCUUCCCAAACACCUGGGGGUAGUGAGUCACCAUCGGCUUCACCACCAGGGGGAAGUGUUCCAUCCCCGCCUCCACCACCUGGGGGGAAUGCUCCACUCCCGCCUCCACCACCAGGGGAAAGUGCUCCAAAGCCACCUCCACCACCUGGGGGGAAUGCUCCACUCCCACCUCCACCCCCAAGGGGAAGUGCUCCACCACCUGGAGGAGGUGCUCCACCCCUACCACCACCCCCAGGGGGGAGUGCUCCACCUCCACCUCCUCCACCACCACCCCCUCCUCCGCCUAUGAGAAAAUUAGGUAAAUAAAGAGAUUUAGAUAAGUACAGAUUCUUGUUAAGCAAAUAAAUCUUAAGCAAUAAAAACGUUUUAUUUUA